AUGAAGAGGAAGAGAAGAGAAGAGAAGGGGGUGGAGAGAUUUUCGAGGCCUGCUUCAAGGCUAAAAGUGGGGGUAUGUACUUUGCCCAUGCAAACUCCUACCCUUGGAUUUUGUGUCCAACGCUACCUGCAAAUUGCAACAUUCAAGCCUGAAAAGUUUUGGGCUUUGUAUCCUUAUAUAAUACUUAGUGGGUAUGAACUUAAACUGGAAUGGGAGCGUAACAGGUUGUUUGACUCAGAUGUUGCUGAGAUGUUUCAAAGGAUAGUAAUGGAGGAUGGACUCGUGGAAGUUGUUUCUGUAUCAGAAAAACAGGAGUGCAAAAGUUGUCCUUCUGGUCUUAAUACUGUGAAUCUUCUGAAGGUCAGAACAAAUAUGGAUUUGUAG